AUGCCCUCCGCCACGGCCAAGGUUGCGGGCAAUGUCAUCGCCUCAUCAGACAAGUUCCAGACCGUGGAGGGCAACAUUUACUUCCCUCCGGAUUCUAUCGACCAGGCAAUGCUGUCACCCUCCGAUACCCACACUACCUGUCCCUGGAAAGGCCAGGCCAGCUACUAUAACAUCACUGUCAAUGGCCAAGUCUUGAAGGACGCUGCUUGGUAUUAUCCUGCGCCAAAAGAGAAGGCCUUCCACAUCAAGGAUCAUGUCGCCUUCUACGCCAACAAAGUGAAUGUCGUGGUUGCAUGA